GGGUUGGUGUGCGGGCGGCGGCGAUCGUCCCAGCCUGAGCAAGCAGGGACCCGGGGGUGUGUGCUUGUCGGGGAUAUCACGGGUCCCCAGUCCCUCGGUCCCUAGGAAGAAUCUGAGCUUGGCGGAGGAUGUGUGAGAAAGAAGUCCAAGACGCACUCUCUCAGCCUUGCCAAAUCUUUUCAUUCAUUCUUCUACCCAUGCGCCAGGAAAUAAAGUCUUUGCUUUCACUUUUUGGAGGUCAGUUCACCAGUAAUCAGGAAACUUAUGGAAAGUCUCCUUUUUGGAUUCUUAGCAUUCCCUCUGAAGAUAUUGCCAGAAACUUAAUGAAACGGACAGUGUGUGCCAAGUCCAUAUUUGAACUAUGGGGUCAUGGAAAAUCUCCGGAGGAGCUGUAUAGUUCUCUUAAAAACUACCCUGCGGAGAAGAUGGUUCCAUUCCUACAUUCAGAUUCUACAUAUAAAAUAAAGAUUCACACAUUUAAUAAAACAUUGUCACAAGAAGAAAAAGUCAAACGAAUAGAUGCACUUGAAUUUCUGCCAUUUGAAGGAAAAGUGAAUUUAAAGAAGCCACAGCAUAUAUUCUCUAUAUUGGAGGAUUAUGGCUUGGACCCAAACUGCAUCCCUGAGAAUCCACAUAAUAUUUAUUUUGGUAGAUGGAUUGCAGAUGGACAGAGAGAGCUUAUUGAGUCAUACAGUGUUAAAAAGAGACACUUUAUUGGAAAUACAAGCAUGGAUGCUGGUUUAUCAUUUAUCAUGGCCAACCAUGGAAAAGUGAAAGAAAAUGAUAUUGUCUUUGAUCCGUUUGUUGGAACAGGUGGCCUUCUGAUAGCAUCUGCUCAUUUUGGUGCAUAUGUAUGUGGGACAGACAUAGACUACAAUACAGUUCAUGGCCUAGGAAAGGCUAGUAGGAAAAACCAGAAAUGGAGAGGACCAGAUGAAAACAUUAGGGCAAAUCUUCGGCAGUAUGGUUUAGAGAAGUAUUACCUUGAUGUCCUGGUUUCAGAUGCAUCUAAACCUUCCUGGAGGAAGGGCACAUAUUUUGAUGCAAUCAUCACUGAUCCCCCAUAUGGUAUCAGAGAAUCUACAAGAAGAACAGGUUCUCAGAAGGAAAUACCAAAGGGGAUCGAAAAAUGUCCAGAAAGCCAUGUUCCUGUUUCCCUGAGUUAUCAUCUGAGUGACAUGUUUUUUGACCUGUUAAACUUUGCAGCGGAGACCCUUGUAUUAGGUGGAAGACUAGUCUAUUGGUUACCAGUAUACACACCAGAAUACACUGAGGAGAUGGUACCCUGGCACCCUUGCCUGCAACUCAUUAGCAACUGUGAGCAGAAGCUUUCCAGUCACACAUCAAGGCGCUUGAUAACCAUGGAAAAGGUGAAGACAUUUGAGAACCGGGACCAGUAUUCACAUCUGUUAAGUGAUCACUUUCUCCCAUACCAAGGUCAUAAUUCCUUCCGUGAGAAAUAUUUCAGUGGCGUAACAAAAAGAAUUGCCAAGGAAGAGAAAUGUAGCCAAGAGUGAAAAUGAAGAUUCUGACAAUGGAAAAAGAGUAAGGAUUUAACAGAAAAGACACCUGGAUGUGAACUUCCAUGUAUGAUAUAGAAAACAUAUACUGUUUUAAAUACUUUUAUAUAACGAAAUAAAUGCUACAAAGUAAAUUGAACAAUUCUUUUACAAUUAGCUUUGUUUUAUAGACUGUUUUGUUGUAUGUAGUCUUUGGAACCAUAUUUAAUUUAUAUUUGUACUUUCAAGUAUUAUGGAAAUUGAAAACAGUUAUAUUUUUGGUAAUUAAUUUGCAAGGGGAACUGAUACUGUUGACUUUUUAAACAGAUACUUGCCAGAUAUGUUACAAGCAGUUAACCGUGGUUGAGAAUUUAUUCGUUUAGUAGGUUUGUUUAAUUUGGUUUCUGAUUGUAAUUGAUUUACAGUGCCACUAAUAAAGUUUACUGAGGAUCCCUAAAAUGGUGGUGUAUUUGGUGCU